CGCUCAAUUGGCUUAGUCGGUCAAUGGGUGGAAAAAGAACACAUUCUAGUCUAUAAUAAAAAAAAGAAAACGUCACAUUAACUGUCAUCUGUCAAAAAUGGCGCGAACAAAGCAAACUGCAAGAAAAUCGACCGGCGGCAAAGCGCCAAGAAAACAGCUAGCAACAAAAGCGGCUAGAAAAAGCGCUCCAGCGACGGGAGGAGUGAAAAAACCUCACAGAUACAGGCCUGGGACUGUCGCUUUACGAGAAAUCCGAAGAUAUCAGAAGAGCACCGAACUUUUAAUACGAAAACUGCCGUUCCAAAGGUUGGUGAGAGAAAUUGCUCAAGAUUUCAAGACGGAUCUGCGGUUUCAAAGCUCAGCUGUCAUGGCGCUGCAAGAAGCGAGCGAAGCGUACCUCGUCGGAUUAUUUGAAGAUACCAAUUUGUGCGCUAUUCAUGCUAAACGAGUCACAAUAAUGCCCAAGGAUAUUCAACUAGCCCGCAGAGUGCGCGGGGAACGAGCGUAAUGAAGUAAAUCUAUGAAAAAUAUGAUUAUAUUUUUGACAUUU